GCAACCGCUCAUUACUAUAUAUACCUCUCCGCUCCUCUAAGGCUGUCAUCCCAUCCUCUCCGAUCCUCGCAUCCCGCCCUUCUUCCCAUUUUGGCGCUUGCGUUUGCAGUAGCCUUCUCCAAACUUCGACGAGCAGAUCCGACCGUUAUAUCGAUCAUCUCCCGCGAUACCGACAUUCGUUUUACACUUUCGAAGACCACCAAUAUCAACCAUCUCUAAACACUGUAGCCAUGCAUGGCUUCUCCAUUAAUAAUUAAUAAUAGCUUCGAUUUUUAUUCUUAUUAGAGAAGCAUUUAUGUAAAAAAACGUCGUACGUAGGCUGCGAUCCGUACCAUCAAUCGACAAUGGCGAGAUCUAGUGCCGACGACGCGGAGUUGAAGCGUGCCUGCGAGGCCUCCAUCGAGGGGAGCAAGCACAAGGUCGUCCUUUCUAUCCGCGUGGCCAAGAGCCGUGGAAUUUUCGGUAAAUCUGCAAAACUCGGCCGCCAGAUUGCGAAAGCUAGGGUUCUUGCAAUCACUACCAAGUCAAAGGGUCAAAAAAUCAAAGCCUUUCUUCGAGUCCUAAAAUACUCUAAUGGAGGAAUUCUCGAGCCUGCAAAACUCUAUAAGUUGAAACACCUCUCAAAGUUGGAGGUCAUCCAAAAUGAUCCAUCAGGCUGCACCUUUAUGCUGGGAUUUGAUAAUCUCAGAAGCCAAAGUGUUGCUCCUCCUCAGUGGACCUUGAGAAACAAAGAUGAUAGGAAUCGCUUGCUGCUUUGCAUUUUAAAUAUGAGCAAGGAGGUAUUGGGCUGUCUCCCCAAAGUUAUUGGCAUAGAUAUCGUUGAGAUGGCUUUAUGGGCUAAGGAAAAUUCACCCAUUACUACUAAUCAGACUGUUAUUGAAGAUGGAGUGGCUACAUCAAUUAUGAUACAAAAUAACAUACAAGUCACUGUUGAGAAAGAUCUUGUUUCUCAGGUUGAGGAGGAGGAUUUGGAAGCUCUACUUGGCACCUAUGUUAUGGGUGUUGGCGAAGCUGAUGCAUUUUCUGAAAGGUUGAAUCGUGAACUUCAAGCUUUAGAAGCAGCAAACGUCUAUGCACUUUUAGAGAGUGAAUCUCUAAUUGAGCAGGUAUUGCAUGGUCUUGAAGUGGCUACCCUUUGUGUUGAAGAUAUGGAUGAGUGGUUAUGUAUCUUCAAUGUGAAACUUAAGUACAUGCGUGAGGACAUUGAAUUGAUAGAAGCUCGCAACAACAAGUUAGAAUUGCACUCUGCAAACCAUAAAAAACUAAUGGAGGAGCUGGAUAAGCUAGUUGGACGGUUACAUAUCCCUCCUGAGUUUGCAGCAUCUCUAAGGGGUGGUUCAUUUGAUGAACCUCAUGUGGUGAAAAGCAUUGAAGCUUGUGAAUGGUUAAUUGGGGCAAUACGUCAUCUGCAAGUGCCAAAUUUGGAUCCAUCUUAUGCAAUUAUGCAAGCUGUUAAGGAGAGACGUGUGGAAUUAGAGAAUUUAAAAAUUACGUUUGUUCGGCGUGCAUCCGAGUUCUUGAAAAACUACUUCACUAGUUUGGUGGAUUUCAUGAUGAGCGACAAGAAUUAUUUUUCUCAGCGAGGAUCAUUGAAAAGGCCUGACCAUACUGAUUUGAGAUACAAGUGCAGAACCUAUGCACAACUUAUUCAACACUUAAAGAGUCUUGACAAGAAUAGUUUGGGCACUUUACGAAAAGCAUACUGUCAUUCCCUUAACGUGCUGCUUUGUCGAGAGGCUCGUGAAUUUGCAAAUGAACUCCGUGCUAGUACUAAAGUUGGAAAAGCUCCUGCAGCAUGGUUUGAAUCUCAUGCAAGUUCAGGCCAGACAGCAAAUAGUGCAGAAACUGUUGUCUUGUCUGAAGGAUAUUCUAAAAUGCUUACAAUUUUCAUCCCUCUUCUAGUAGAUGAGAGUUCUUUCUUUGGACAAUUCAUGUGCUUUGAUAUACCUACUUUGGCUAACGGCAGCAAUAGUUGCUCUGAUGGCAAUGGAAAAACUGAUGAUAAUCAAGAAUGUGUAGCUUCUGUUGGUUUAUUUUCUUAUUUAGGGGGCAGCACUACUGAGUUGUGUGUUUUAAAUGAAUCUCUUCAAGAAUUACUUGAUGGUAUUCAGGAGGAUUUCUAUGCCUUGUUGGAUUGGGCGUUCAAAUAUGAUCCUUUGAGGUGCAUUUCAAUGCAUGGUAUAACAAAGCACUUUCUUUCUGGUCAGAAGGCUAAUACAACUGGAUUUGUCCGUUUACUACUGGAUGACUUGGAAGCUAGAAUAUCAAUGCAUUUUAGCAGGUUUGUUGAUGACUGUAUAUAUGUGAUUGAGAAGACUGAACGAAAUGCAUGCCAAUUGGGAGUUCUGCCAUAUAUUUUGAGAUUUGCAAACCUAGCUACUCGCAUGGAGCAAUACAUCCAGGGCCAAUUUAGAGAUUUAGUCGACCAGGCGUAUAGCAAAAUCGUUAGCAUAAUGUUUGUGUGCUUGGAGAGAACUGCACAAAUGGACCCAAAGUAUUCUGACAUUGUACUUCUAGAGAACUAUGCAGCUUUUCAGAACAGUCUUUAUGAUUUAGCUACUGUUGUGCCAAUACUAGCAAAAUAUUAUCAUCAAGCCAGUGAAUCUUAUGAUCAAGCUUGUACGCGUCACAUCAACAUGGUUAUUUUUAUUACAUUUGAGAGAUUAUUUCUCUUCGCUCGAAGGAUUGAGGAAUUGAUGUUCACAAUUACUCCUGCAGAAAUACAGUUUCAGGUUGGGAUGUCAAAAGCUGACCUCCAGAAAAUGCUGAAGUUCAGCUUAUCGAGACUUGACAAGACAAUUAAUGCUAUGUAUAAGAAGUUACAGAAGAAUCUGACUUCAGAAGAAUUGUUGCCUUCUUUAUGGGACAAAUGCAAGAAGGACUUUCUAGACAAGUAUGGAAGCUUUGUCAAGCUGGUAAAUAAGAUAUACCCAGGAGAGAGUGUCCCUCCAGUGUCAGAGAUGAGAGAGCUUCUUGCUCAAAUGUAGAUGAUUAAAAGAAAAACAAAAAUGUUGUGGGCCCUCUGCGUUGUUUGAUUUCCCCUUCUAUUGGUUUUUUUUAUAUAUACCUGCUUUACCCUGUUUUAUUCCCUCAUCCUCAAGAAACAAGAAAUAAGAAUGAAAAUUGAGGCUAAAAUCAGUCUCCUGCAUCUUUUCUUUUAAUCAGAUAAAUGCGAAAAUGUUUUUACUACAUUGCUUUGCUGGA